UUUUCAUAGUACAAUUAAAGAUUGAGAAAAUUAUUUUCCUUCAAUUUGUUUUUUUCUUUUCUUAGUAAUUUCUAAGACCAAACAUGACUUAAAUGAUGAAUCAAAGAAAAUUUGUAGAGUUUUUAGCAACAUAACACACAUAGCACAUAAGAAUCUCCUCAAGAAAAAUAUGGGUCUGACCAGGUAGUGUAAUACCAACUGCUUGAUGAGGAACUAGUUGAUCAGAGGUUUGAAGGUCUUGAUCAAUAUUAAUUCUGUCAUAAGCCUAUUUCAAUCCAUCUUCAUCAUUUUUCAUGGCUUAAUAAACAAAGUAGAGUAUUAUAGAGAGGGGGAAAAAAAUCUUAGGGAGAAUCCAUUGAAGAAGAGUACUUUUCUGCAUUGGAAUAAACAUAAGUGGCUACGUAAACCGGGCUUUGUCCUGGGGGACACAAACACCCAACUAGCACAACAAGAUGGACAUAAGACAAAAAGAAACUGAGAAAUGAAAGGAUGUGUGUAUGGACGCGACCGAACUUCGGGAGGAAGUUUGUGAAGGUCCAUUUCAUGGAAUAUGCGUUCGAUCAUACUAGAAGAAAGCGAAAGGAGUGAAAUCUCAACCGCACGAUACACCAUCAAAAUCAAACUUGGCUAGGAAGUAAGUCUGUUAUACAAUAAACCUAAAGUUGUAUUGUGAAUUGCAUAUUGAAAACAGAGGAAAAAGGAAGGUUUCUGACGCGGUCUUCUUAAGCUACAUGGAGUCAAGAAGUGGGAUCCACUUGCUAUGCCCAUUUCCAAGCUUCUUCCAAAGUGUCUAGUCCGAAUUCUCUUUCUCUCUAUAUAUAUACACACCCACAAAUGGGAGAGGCACGUAGUACUCCUAUGCUAUAUUAUAUUGACAGUUUUAUUCAGUUCCACCAUUGAGUUUCUUCUUCUUCUUCAUCCUAGUAAUAAUAGUAGUAGUGUUUGUUUAUUUGAUUCCCAAGUGUUAAGUAUGUCAGGAGGAGGAAUGAUAGGCAGGGAUUUGGAAACUUUACCGGUGGGGUUCAGAUUUGCUCCCACCGAUGAAGAACUGGUUGAUAAAUAUUUGACGUGGAAGAUACUGGGCAUGGAUUCCGAGGUAGAGAUCAUCCCCGAGGUUGAUGUCUGCAAAUGGGAGCCUUGGGAAAUACCAGGCUUUUCAGUGAUAAAAACAGACGAUCCAGAGUGGUUCUUCUUCAGUCUUCUUGAUUACAAGUAUUCAAAUGGCAGUCGUUCCAACAGGGCAACAAAUGCUGGCUACUGGAAACCCACUGGUCAGGAUCGUGGCAUCUUCUCUGGCACCAACAAAGAGGUGAUUGGUACCAAGAAAACUUUGGUUUUCUAUAGAGGCCGUGGUCGUGGUGCCAUCAGGACCAACUGGGUUAUCCACGAGUAUCACACAAAUAUUGCCAGCCUUCCUGCAAAUAGGGCCUAUGUUCUGUGUCGCUUAAAGAGAAAAACAGAUGAGAAUACGGAGUCUGAUAUUCCAACCCCUGAUGGGGAUGUUGCAGGUACUGGGAUUCAUCCGAAUGGCCCAGCCAACAACAUGACCUUAGGUGCUGGGCCGAGCCACCAUUCUAGCGAUAUUGCUUCUGAUAUUCGAAAUUAUCAAAUAGAGGAAAUGACUUUUGAGGAUCCUCAGCUACAAGGUUUAUUAAAUGAUAUCACAUUUACUCCACCGGGUUCUGAUUGGUUCUCUGAAACACAGCAAGAACUUGGCUUGGAUCUCCCAUCUCACAGUGGCUUUAACAAUUACUAUGGAAGUAUGCAGUUUCAGGAUGGGGUUGAUACAUCAGAUUUCGUGGAUAGUCUCAUCGUUGAUCCGGAUGAAAACCACUGUGAAGGAUUAACAGGUCAGGGGAGCUCAGCUGUUGACGGUUGGAACCUGAACAAGGGUUAUGUUAGCAGGCUAUCAGCCCGCCCAAAGGGCCCACUGAAGGGAGUGUAUGGUAAGGGCGGUGGAUCAAUCAGUAACACAGACACUGCAGUGCUCCAAGGUUCAAUAUGGAAUUGGCCCGUUGGAAUGAAUAAAAAGGGUUCCUUCGGUUCCCCAGAGACAGCUUCUGCAAGCCAUGAGCCAAGUUCCUUACCAGGUACCAAUCGGCCAGGCAUAGCCAAAAAAAUUCACACAGUGAAGAAGCAUCAAGGAAGAGAAGCAUGUGUGUUUUUUUAGCAGCAUGGAGAUAUCUUAUACUCCAAGGGUUUUGCAAGGAUGGGACUUACAUAGUUGGCCUUGUUGGUAAAUGCCUUAUAUGGAGUGAGGUUUAGUUUUUUAUGGAUGUAUAAAAAUGUAUGUUGUCUUUAAGGAUGUUUGGGUGUUACAAGCAGUUUGGAUAGUAGAUGUAACAUUGGUGAAGACUCAAGAGAAGCAAGUGGGUUUUGGAGUAGUGAGAUAUCUUAAACUCGAGUUUGCAAGGAUACUACUUAAGUAGUUGGCCAUAGUUUGUUGAGGCAAUAUGUGGAGUGCUAGAUAUAUAUGGGUGUUAUAAGGGCAGUCCUUAUCAUAGAUGUAUGUAAUGUGUUCAUUGUAAAGAGGAACAAAGCAGGUGGCUAUCCUUCUUUAUAGUACUGUCCUUAAUGACUUAAAUUUAGGGAGCUUUUGGAUUUUGUUUUACUUCAUCAUUUGGUGUCCUUGUGUAUGGUUGGCUUGUCCCUAAUGGCUGAAAGAGUGUUUUGAUUUUAGUUUCUUGA